AUGACAAGCAGCUCCAACCUCGAGAUUGCCAUCGUUGGCGCUGGCAUUGCGGGUCUCACAGCAGCCAUUGCUUUACAACAUCACUCGAAUAUCGAUGUUCAGAUCUACGAGAGAGCAGAGAAACUACAAGAAAUCGGGGCUUCCAUUGCUCUCGGCCCUAACGGAAUGAGAACAUUGGACAAGCUGGGAGUCCACAAUGCUCUGGAUGACUCGAUUGCUUUUCGGAACAAAUCACGUUCGCCCAUGAUAUACCGCCACUACAAGACGAAUGAGGUAGUUUCUGUUGAUGAACAUCAAGGCCUCGUAGAAGACUGUCACCUCACCUCGCGCUUCUAUCGACCACAUCUCCAACAAGCACUGGCUGUGCAUGUCAACCCUAGUCGAAUCCAUCUCAAAAAGUCAUUCGGAUCGGCCAACUUCGAUCAUUCACUAAAUAAGCUGGUUAUUGCAUUUGAAGACGGCACCACGGCCACAGCCGACAUCCUGCUCGGCACAGACGGGAUUCAUUCCCCCGUCCGCCGCUUCUUCGUCCCGACUUCAAUCCCCAAUUGGACGGGCUGGGUUACCUUCCGCUCCGUAUUCCCCAUAUCCCACGUAUCACGCAUCCCCGACCUUCCGGACGAAGCAUGUCACUUCUGGGGACCCAAUCGGACACUGUUCGUAUCAAAGCUCGGCAAAGACUUAUUCACAAUCGUCGGUUCAUACCAAGCAGAUCCAGACGCGCCCGAUGCGCCUUGGAAAGACUCAGUAUGGAAUGAACAAGGCGAUGUUGAGGUCCUGCGGGAGUACUACCAAGAUUGGAGUCCCCUGGCCCGCGCCUUGAUCGACGCAACGCCGUAUACGCGGAUUUAUCCCAACGCAGCAGCACCAGGUCUCGACUCGUGGGUUUUCGAAAACGGCAGGGUGACACUCGCAGGUGAUGCGGCACACGCGCACGGUGGUGCAUUUGCCGCAGGUGGGAGUUUGGCUAUUGACGAUGCUUGGGCCUUUGCCGCGUCGAUUUUACAUGUUUUUCCUGAGGGUGCCGUGGGGCUGCCCUCAGACGAGGAUAUUGCAUUAGCCCUGAGGUCGUAUGAAAACACAAGAAAGGGCCAUACUGACCGCGUGCUGAAAACUGUACUUGAGGGGAAUAAGAAGAAGAAGGCAAUGGUUGGGAAGCCGGAAACGGAUGAGGAGUUAAGGGUCAGGAUGAAGAAUCGUCCAGAUACGGCCUGGAUCCAUGAGUGUGACGUGGAAGCAGCAUUUAAAAAAGUGUUAUCCCAAGAACUGCAGAAUGGGAAUGCGGAAGAACAGGCCAGGCUGUGA